CAACAGGUUUGUCGCUCUCUGGGUGUCUGUUGUUACAUCCUGGCUCAAGUUUCAAAUCAAAGAGACCACGCAUGCAAAUGUGUUAUUUAAAUACCUGAAAUGUAAAUGUGGUGAGAUUGUAAACAUAUUGGCCGCCUUAGAAAGAAAGAAGCAGCACAUCCAGCUAUACAAGACAAAAGCUUCGCGUCAGAUCCGAAUGACUUUUGGCACCCUUUGUGCGCCAUGGUAGUGCCAUGAUGUCCUCUUAGGAUUUCUCUCACACUCAACCUCCUUAACGCUAUGUCAAUGGCUUUAUUGACAUUAUACAUACAUUAUUAUCAGAUCAUCAGUAUGCGAUGAGGAAAACUGCUGGCCCACAACUGGAGGGAUUCCACAAAAAAACCGGGACACAAUUAUAUCCUUUGAGAGAGUCUAGCCUCCUUUCCCUGCACCCCUAUAUUCGAGUCUUACUUAUACUUAUAUAAUAUUCGUUUCUGGCCAUGGCUUUUGGUCAUUUUUGCUCUCUCUACUGGUACCCUGCCGUGCGUCUUUACGCGUGGUUGUUCCUUUAAGAAAACGAAUUUGAGCCUCUCCGCGCUGACGUAAGGGAAUUGGAGAGGUUGGUGUACCCUGCAGGAAGAGGCAGAUAACCGUGAUGAGGACCAGGCAGGGGUACCGCACUUCAUCUUUUUUUUUCUUAGUAGCAUUUUCUUUCCUCGCAGUCAUUUAGCUUUACUUACCGUUUCUACACAUCCAUCCCGAGAUCAGCUGGAGUCUGGUUUUUAUGCCUGUAUAACGGUGCGACAUCAGACCUCCGCCCUUUUCUGAACUCUAACGAGGUUUAUGGAUUGAAAACCUCAUUUUGCCCCCAGAGUGUUCAAAGUGGGUGGAGAAGUUCUGUCGGGAAGUACGAAAGUCCUCUGGACAUAAAUUUAGGAUUUAGGAUGACGCCGAUUUUUUUUUUCUUUCUGCGGCAGAAACUGAUGUGAUUUGAUCUGCAUCGCUGUUGGUUUUUACAGAAAAAAAUGAAUCAUAACCAGGAGGACCAGUCGGUAACUGUUCUUACUGCGCAGCACGGGACAGCGCACCACAGUGACUCCAACAGACUGGAGAGCAGCUUGGGCAGCGGCCUCACUGGCCUCCAGCCACCUGCUUACUCGAAACUGGAGUUCAGGAGAAACGCAGUGACAGAUGACUAUAAAAUCACAGCUGAGGUUCUCGGCCUGGGAAUCAACGGCAAAGUGCUGGAAUGUUAUUGCAAGAAAACAGGGCAGAAAUGUGCCCUCAAGAUCCUGUAUGACACUCCUAAAGCCAGACGGGAGGUUGAGCUGCACUGGCGAGUUUCCGGAGGUCCCCAUAUCGUCCGCAUACUCAGCCUGUAUGAGAACAUGCACCAGGGGAAAAAGUGUCUCCUCAUCAUUAUGGAAUGUAUGGAGGGAGGCGAACUGUUCAGUCGCAUUCAGGUCAGAGGCGACCAGGCCUUCACAGAGAGAGAGGCAUCAGAGAUCAUGCAUGACAUCGGCACAGCCAUAGAGUAUCUCCACCAUGUGGACAUUGCUCACAGGGAUUUAAAGCCUGAAAACCUGCUGUAUACCACCAAGGAGAGUAACGCUACCCUGAAACUGACUGACUUUGGGUUUGCUAAGGAGGUGGCGCUGCACAACUCCCUUCAAACUCCCUGUUACACUCCAUACUACGUUGCCCCAGAAGUACUUGGGCCAGAGAAAUAUGAUAAGUCAUGUGACAUGUGGUCUCUUGGAGUAAUCAUGUACAUUCUUCUGUGUGGCUUUCCUCCAUUCUACUCAAACACAGGUCAGGCCAUCUCUCCAGGCAUGAAGCAGAGGAUCAGGUUGGGCCAAUACGAGUUCCCCAAUCCUGAGUGGGCUGACGUUUCUGAGGAAGCCAAACAGCUCAUCAUUCAGUUAUUGAAAACAGACCCCAGUGAGAGGAUGACCAUUGGACAGUUCAUAAACCAUCCCUGGAUUAGUCAGUCAAUGGUGGUCCCUCCAACACCCCUCCACACCACUCGUGUUUUGACAGAGGACAAGGAGCUGUGGGAUGAUGUAAAGGAGGAAAUGACCAGUGCCUUGGCCACCAUGCGAGUUGACUACGACCAGGUAAAGAUCAAAGACCUGGACAUGUCCAACAACCCUCUGCUCAACAAGAGACGGAAGAGGCCCGUGCCUGGAGGAGCCAGCACAGAAGGAGAUGGUGAUGGAGGAGUGGUGUGUAAUAACCACAGAGAAGUUACAUUUUCUGAAGAGCAUGAGAAAAUGAUUAUUUGACUGAAACAGUAUGAGAACCAGAGUGAGCAAUAUUUCCUCAUCUAAAUAUCACCAGUAUUUUACUCACUUUGUAUCCUUCUUUGUAUCUCUGCAGUCACAAAAAUAUAAUAAAUGUCAUUUAUUUUGAUUGUUACUAGGGUAAUGUGCAAAAUAAAACUGUGUUUUUUUAGGUUUCA